CUCGUGGCUGGGUGAGCAUGGACCCCGUGCGCGACACGCUGGGCCGGGUGUUCGGAUUCGAGGCCUUCAGGUCCGCGCUGCAGGAGGACGCGGCCCGCGCCGUGGCGAGCGGGACCAAAGAUGUGUUCGUCUCCAUGCCGACCGGGGCCGGGAAGUCGCUGUGUUACCAGCUGCCAGCGGUCAUGGCGCCCGGGGUCUCCCUCGUCAUCUGUCCACUUAUUGCCCUCAUCCAGGACCAGCUGGAGCACCUGCACCAGCUCAACAUCCCAGCGCGGACGCUCAACUCGAAGAUGGGAGCGCAUGAGCGACAGGCGGUGGUGGAGGAUCUCCACGCCGACCCGCCGAGCCUCAAGAUGCUCUACAUCACGCCCGAGAUGGCCGCCACGCAAAGCUUCGGCGCCGUCCUGGGUCGGCUGGCGUCGCGCCAGCUGCUGUCCUGCCUGGUGGUGGACGAGGCGCACUGCGUCUCUCAGUGGGGCCACGACUUCCGGCCCGACUACCUGAAGCUGGGCCGGUUGAGGUCCUUGCUGCGUGGCGUGCCCUGCGUUGCGCUGACCGCUACGGCCACAAAACAGGUGCAAGAGGACAUUGUGUCUAUCCUGAGCCUGGACAAGCCGGCGAUUUUCAAAAGCUCCUGCUUUCGUCCAAACCUCUUUUACAACGUGAGCUACAAGGAGGUCAUUCAGGACCCUUACAAGGACCUGACGCACUUCUGCCUCAAAGCCCUGGGGAAGAAGAAUGCAGCUGGGGGCUUUGAUGGCAGUGGGAUUGUCUACUCUCGCACCAGAGAAUCCUGCGAUAUGUUGGCCUAUGAGCUCACCAAGAGAGGGGUAAAGACCAAGGCUUACCAUGCAGGCUUGAAGGCGGACGACAGAAGCAGGGUGCAGGUCGAGUGGAUGGAGGGAGAGACGCCCGUCAUUGUGGCCACCAUCAGCUUCGGCAUGGGUGUGGACAAGGCCAAUGUCAGAUUCGUGGCCCACUGGAACAUUGCCAAGUCGAUGGCCGGGUACUACCAGGAAUCGGGGCGAGCGGGGAGGGACGGGAAGCCCGCGUUCUGUCGCCUCUACUACUGCCGUAAGGAGCGGGGCCAAGUCAGCUUCCUCAUCUCCAAAGACAUCGCUGCAAGCAAGAAAAAAAAGGAUGAUACAGGAAAGGUUUCAGAAAAAGACAAGGCAGCCAUGGCUGGAUUUGAAGCGUUGGUCAACUUUUGUGAGAAACUUGGGUGCAGGCACAAGGCGAUAGCUCGCUACUUUGGAGACAACAUACCCGACUGCCGCAGCGUGUGCGACAGCUGCAAGGACCCGGCGUUGUUGGUCCAGGAUCUGGACGCGCUGCAGAAAGCGGGGUCGAGCAAAUCGUUUGGUCGAACCGCCAUCCAGCAGCCGCAGAAAGCGAGCGGCCCGUUCGGCUUCGACCGGGACCUGUACGCCGGGGGCCGGCGAGGAUACGGCUUUGAGCGAUAUGAUGAAGAUGAUGAAGGCGGCAGCAGCAGUGGCAACCAGGAGGAGGCGUUGAGGCUUAAGAAGGAGUGGAACGACUUGUAUCGGCACCAGAUCAGCCUACGCAAGAAUGAAGAUGCAGAUAAUUUUUUGGCCCCAGACCCCGACUGCCCUCUCCUAGACGCUUCCAGCAGGAAGGUAUCCAAGCUUACCGUCAAGGUGCGUGAACACUGCAUGCAGAAGUUGCUGGAGGCCCUGGAGGGUAACGAGACCUGCCGCACCCAAUCAGCUGGCGGCACUUGCGACGGAGUGGAUGUCGAUGCCAGAAGCUAUGCCAUCGAUUUGGAAUAUGAGAUUUUCAAGGCCAGCAAAAUGGCUAACCUGUACAAGGCAAUGUGUCUCAAGAAGGUGGCGGAGAUCGGCCAGCACACGAAGGAGGCCCGGCCCCACGAGCUGUGGGCUCGGGGCCUGCUGAACGGCGCCCUGCUGGAGGAACAACGCCGCUCGUCGCUCGACGCCUCCUCGCAGUCCUCCUCCUUCUACUCCAAAAAGUCCAGUCGCACAAGCCUCGCUCAGCCGACGUUGAACAGCCAGUCUUUCCAGAAGGCCUCCUACUUGCUCAAGCUCGCGGGUUCCCAGGGUCCCGAGAGCCCCGCUGGAUCUAAUCCGGCGAGUUCCCAGGACGUGGCGACCGAGUGGGAUUCGGACCCCGAGUCCGCGCCUUCCACCAACGGCGCUCGUUCCGGUCGCGGUGGCGGCAAUGACGGCGCGCACGCCGCGGACAGACACCUCGCGAAGGUGAAUUCGCGUAACCUUAAACGGGAAGCUGCCGACAGCAGCGACCAGGUGAAGCAACAGCCCUCCGGCUCUGACAAGCUGUCUGUGAAGCGGCAAGCCCUCGCCAAUACCGCCAGGAAGAACUCGCAGGACAUCAAGAAAAUGUUUGAGAGAAAAGCCCCCGGUGGUGGUGGUGGCGGUGGUGGCGGUGCCGAGUCAUCCGCAGAGGCCUGCGGUGCGGCUCAGGGCCAGGAGGUGCAAGUUUGCGGCGCUGCCGACGGGACCGAUGUUACGGCAAACGAUGCCAGAAGCGGUGUGGAAACGCCGCUGGGCAGAGACGCGGAAUCUCUCACGGGUGUCACUCGAGGAAAGGGAGCACAGGGGGGGAAUGGAUUAUCAUCCUCUGCAACUACUGCCAAGGUUGAGGGCGGUGGCGUAACAGCUCUUCUGGCGGAAGAACCGAGCUGUGCGGUGGUGGCCUCAAGUAAAGAAACGGCGCUCCCGGGGCGACACACCACACAACGUCUCAAGCGCCUUCGCUUCAAGGACGAGGAAGUCCAGAGCCCCACGUGCAAGAAAGUCGCCAAAGUGUCUGCAGCUGAGGCGCACGUCGGGACUCGGGGUGACGCAGAACCCAGCGGUCACUCGGAUCGCGGCGGUCACUCGGAACCUCGCCACAACGUCAUCGCCAUCGGCCACAAAACGAGAGGGGCGAAGGGCGGCGGCGGUGGCGGCGUCGAGCUGAAGGUGGCCGCCGACCUGGUGGUGAAGUUGCUAACGCCCUUCUUCCGGGAAGGGAAAUUUGCGUCAAAGGACCUGUUCAAGGGCUUUGCGCGGCACCUGUCGAACCAGCUGACGCAAGACAGCUCUGUGACGCCUCUAAACGUGAAAGAAAAAGCCAAGCAUAAAAUAGGGAUCUUCUUUAAAAAGCAAAAGAAGUGCGACAAGGAAGACGACUGGAAACUGCUGUGAUGUGACCAUCCUUUCCUCGCAGUCUUCAUCUCCUGUCUGCUCGGGGAGAGCGGCACCUCCAGAUUGUGUUCAUUACGCCGAAGCUGCUGUCGGACGAUGACCCGACAAAUGAUUUUGUUUGUAAAUACUGUACAGAACUUAAAUUCGUUUUCUUUGCAUUCGACUCUAUUUCGUGCCUCCUGAAGCGGCCGCCUGCUGUGUUGCGCCGUGCUGCGGUGCUUCUUACGCGGCGCUGCGGCCUGCGUUACCUUCCAUUGACUCGGUACGAUUCUGCCCGGUUCCGUUCGUCGUUGGUUCACCACUACCGUAGCUUUUCACGGUCGUGCGGUUUCUCUCCCCGGUGUGUUUUCAGAUUGCGUCUCGCGUGCUGUCCGGCCUGAUGUGUCCGAGUGUCGCGUUGGAUGUUUUGCUCCAUGAGCUGGGAACUACUACCAGGAUAGGAUACAGAAACUGAACACCUGAAGAAGUUCCCAGCACGUGGAGGGAAAUUUGAGACGUCACGGCAAACGGCGCAGUGGUUCGAACCCGAAAAAACCCUGCAGAGCGAUAUUGUCGAUUUAGUUUCACGAGGGGUUGCGGCGAUGCCGGGGGACAUCCGAUUUCCAUGGGAGUUUCUUUUUUAAGGUUUUCACCGGUGUGGCAUCUUCCUGGCUGCCUGCGCUGGUCUUCAUAUCUAAUCGCUGGCCUUGAUAUCUUAAAGCUCCGCAGCAUUCCUGAACCUCGUGUGCCUCGUUCCCGCGUUAAUCGCCGGGGGGUUUAUGUUCAUUUAGACACGAGGUCGUACGUGGCUGAUGGAAUAUUUGUGUUUUAUCAAGACGGUCAGCAUGUUGAGUUUUUUCAGUGUUACUUUAAACCUCUUCCCCGAAAUGGGGAAAAAAAGUGCAAUUUCAUUUAUGCUUAGAAUUUUAAGAAUGCAAGAAUAUCAGAGCACCUGAGCAGUGUCUAUAAUAAAGCCAAAGUUGUCAAAUAAUGUUUGUCUCUGUCCCGGACCAUCCCUCCUCUGUCUGCCCAGCAGUAUGAAUGGGCAACUCAAAGUUAGUCCAUCGGCAGGCCGUGUAUGGUGCGGUAAGUGUGAAUACUCAAACCUCUUACGUUUAUUUAUAAUUUUAAGUCCACUCUUGUCUUUCAUAUUUGUGGUGGCCUCAUCCACACAAAAAUAUAGGUCACAGAGGACUGAUACAUCAGCUGUUCCUUAAGCGGUCUCAGAAAUGGCUUGGUUACGAAGGUAAGACUUUAACCUUCAAGAAGUCUGAAUUCACUAGUUGAAAUAGUAUAUGAUGUUUUAUCUUCUAUAAUUGAGUCCCAUGGGGGGGGAGCAUUAUGCAAUCUCUUAUGAACUCUGUUGCCUGAGACUUCCUGUUGAUGGCUACCAGGCCAUCAAGAAAUAUACCGUCUUGGUUUGACAAAGAACUUGUGGUUGAUCUUAAAUUGUUUGCAAAAUUAAUGAUGAACAAAAACAUUGCUACGUCCUUCCAGAAAAAAAACCGUAUCUUCGUAACGAGGAUAACCAUGUGCAUGUCAUAUAUUUUGUAAAUAUUUAAUAUAUUUUGUCAAAGACAUUUGGAGCUUACUGAAUACAUUUGGAAGUCAUAUCAUCGGCUGCGUGUGAUGCACCAAUUGAGAAUCGGUGACAGAGAAAUCGGGGGGCUACUCGAGCACAUCAAUAUAAAUUGCAACAGACAAUGCCAGCAGUGGCUGCUGGACAAUACGUUUUUUUUUAAAUGAUAAAUUAAGCAGAUUAUACACGUAAGAUGCAAUGAGAUGUUUUUUUUUGUUCCCAAUUGUUGGCGGAGGAAACAUUGGCAUGGGGUUUUUGCUCAAAUAAAACACAAAGGAUUACUUGGCCAAUGCGUGGAUUGGGUCAUGCAGUACAGUACGUGCAAAGCUGAAUGUAAUGCCAAAGUGCGAAAACAUUUAAACAAGCGGGGAGACAAUAACCUUGGUCCAUCUCCUUCCAUGUUUAGACGACUUGACAACACUGAAAGCCACGAUAAAUACAACACACCAGCUCAGCUCGGCGGGGACAGAUGGACACGCUGAAAGAGUCUUAACUCCAUUGGAACCUCAUUUGCCAGUAGCAAAAUAUGAUAAUUGGGUUUUUACCCUUUUAUCUGGCAACAAAACUGACACCUUUUUUUACAAGGAGUCAUGUUUCCAUUGACCACAAUACCUGCAGUCGGAAUGCAAACAAAAAAACAUAACUCUGAUAAUGUAUGCACUGUCCUUGAAAUUGAUUGGUCCACACCCGAGACAGCUUUCCUUAGAGCCUAGUCUCACAUGGUGUUGGACCAGAUGACGCCAAAAGGCGCACAACUCAA